UAACAAAAUUUUUAAAUAAAGACCUUUCUGUCCCUAAUUUUAAAAAUAAAAUUUUGUGUGUUUCACACCUAUAGGUUUCCAUUUUUUUUUUAUUUUUUAGUGGUUACAAUAAGCGAACUUAAACUUACGAUAGAAAAUAAAAAAGUAAAAAUUUUGUAAACAGUUAGGAUAAAUAGGCUCUAAAAUAAGAAAGCAGUUUUUUUUUAAGGAAAAUUAGAAUUUGGGAUGUAAAUGUAGGCAUUUGUAUAUAUGUAAAUAUUUAUAUAACUGUGAUAUUUUUAUAUAUUUUUUAUAUGAAUUGUUAUUGUUUUGUUUUAAUCGUUUUGUUUUUUUUUUCGUUAUACAUUAAUGAAUUGUUAUCGUUUUGUUGAUUUUUGUAAAUAAAUUUAUUAAUGGGUGAUAUAGGCCUAAAGGGGAACCGAGCACCCAAAACUAACUUCGGUAACGCGCCGUUUUGCAUACCUCCUGGGUGGUGUGGAAAGUGCAAUUGGGCAUUUUAAUUUAAAUGCCCAAAAAUUUUUAUUUUGUUCGAUCUGGCCACAAUGGAAAAUGUUAUAAAAAACGCUUAUUUUGAGGCGCUCUCACACUGGAAUAAGUUGGGCAUCCCAUUAUUCCUGCAAUGUGUUUUCAAAAUGUUUUCAAUGUCGGUCCGAACAUAGUAUUAGUUCCUUAAAUUAUCGAUGUCAUGUUCCGAUGGCAUUACGGGGCAUCUCGACAGGAUAGAAUAUAUAGAAUACUAGCUGCAUUCCCGUGCCCAUUGCCCGUGGAGACUCCACAUUGCUCAUUGCUUACUAGAUAUAGAAUACCAUCUAGUCUGCCAUGUAUCGUAAGCUAGAAGCUGUCACUUCAGCAGUUUGACAGCGCAGUUUUUAUUUCUAUGAAAAUUUUGAAGAUGCAACAUAUCCCAUUUGCACAUAUGCCGACGGCAUUUUCAAUUUGGCAAUAUGAAAUUUAGAAGAGCGAGUAUUAAGACGGUUGUGUUAUAUUAUAAAAAGGAAGUACAUGUUCAAAAUAACAUUUUUUCAAAAAAUUAAUAUUUAGUUUAAUAUUGUUAAUUUACAGAAAAAUUAUGCAAAUUGGGUUGGGAAUGAGCGAAGUCUUAAAUUUAAUAAACUUAUACAAGCAUAAAUCAAAAUAUUAUUGCGCAUUUUAAAUUUAUUAUUUCAAUUGGUAUAUAAAUUUUAUGCCACAAUUAUUAUAUAGUAGUCCAAAAAUAUGAAUUCUUAUUUUUCCCAGAAGUACAUUUGUAAAAAAAAAGGAUCUUUCUCAUUUUCUUAUUUUCCCCAGAAAUACAUUUGUAAAAAAAAAGGAUCUUUAUCCUUUGUUAUUGUUUUCUUUUUCCCAGAAAUACAUUUGUAAACAAAAGGAUCUUAAUCCUUUUUUUUAUUUUCCACAUGAAAGAUUUAAGCUACGUACCUCUCAUUUACGUAUAUAUACCGACGAAAGUUUUAUUUCCGACGGCAUUUCGCAAAUGAUAAAAUAAAUUUUUAAAGAGCUCAAAGCAUGCGCUACAUCAGCUCGAACCUACCUACCCUACGCCUUUGCGCUAAUGAUUCUAUCAUGAUAGCAAAUGCCCACAUACAGAUUUGGCAAUGGUAAUAGCAAUUCGUUUGACAGCUAGUAUUCUAUAAAUUCUAUCCUGUCGAGAUGCCCCGCUAGGUAAGAUACAUAGUAUACCGUAUUAGUGAUGAGCGAUAUUUUUAAAUCACUGAUUUAAUAUUGCGAUCGCAACUAAAACAACUUAAAUAUGAAAACAUUUGAACCACGGUAGAGGAGGAGUAGAGAAAGUAUCAGCUGAUGUUAUGUAAACAAAGUCACAGCUGAGAGGUGCCACUGUAGAAACGCCAAGUGUAGUCCGGGGUUGAGUUUCUAUUUGAAUCCAAGAUGGCCGACUUUCAACCGGAAAAUGGUUGCAUUGUGUUAUUUUCUUAAAAUUUAUGGAAAAGUUGUCCCAAAAAUAUUGGUUAUAUGUAAAAGUUUAAUAUAUUUUCAAAAGAAAAUCGUUUUAUUUUAAUAUAUAUUCUUAAAGAUGAGAACAAUAUGAGCAAAUACAUGAAAAAUUAAGUUUUUUAUUUAUGCCUCUUUUUAACUGUGAUCGGCUGCGAUUUUAUUCCAAUAAAAGUACGAAAUAACCAAACAUGGCCACGUUAAUAUUGCUGCGUAAUGGGUCUGGUGCUGUUACAAUUUUAUGAUUUAAGAGAUGAAAAAGCGAUACGCGAUGCUGUGAAGUACUCAAAUGUAGUUAUCAAAUUAGUUGGUCGUGAAUUCGAGACAAAAUUUUAAAUUCAAUGGCGUUCUCGUGUAAGAUGCUCAUCGCAUUGCUAGAAUCAGCAAAGGAGCUGGUGUAGAACGCUAGUCCCAAACCAAUGAGCUUUGUGCUUGAGGGUGGAAGCAACUUUUUGAAGAGCAAAUACUACGGUGAGCACAUUCGGAUGUUGCAUAACCUAUUGUAAAUUGCGCUUAGAAUCCCGGUAUCCCUGACCAGCAGGGUUUAUCAGGCUGUUGGACCAAAGCGUUACCAGUUGAGCGAAUUAAUUGACUGGUUUCAUCGUGUUAUGCGUAAAGAUGAAAAAUGGUGGGGAUACCGUCAUUAAGACAUGUGUUGUGAUCCUACCUUCUUAUUGAAAGCCAAGUUCACGAAUAUAUUACCGAUGUCGUUCCCUCCAACAUACCGUGGUUGUAGAAUUUUGGUGUACAAUCCAUGGAAGAGCAAGUACCAUGAGAAUUAUGACCAUAUCGUGCUGCGCAAUAUCAUGAUGCCGAAUUGGGGAGUGGGGUGAACCAGCUCCACCAAAACCGAUAGAACAUCGGGAUGAACUACGCAAAUAAUAAACAACAUUCAUCAAAUGAAAGUUGGCAGCGUUGGUGACUAAGCAGCGAUUUGAAAAAGAAACAUUUGCAUCUACGCGAAUUACAAUUCGUCUUUACAUCUAGUGAAUUAUGGUCGAUUAUGAAUGGUGUGGAAGUUGAUAUUUAAACUUUAAAAAACAAAUAAAUGUAAUUUGGCUUAUAUUGAUAUUUAAACUUUAAAAAACAAAUAAAUGUAAUUUGGCUAAUAAUGAGCCGCUAUUAAAAGUUAAGGAAUUUGAGUUGUAUUUUUAAUUGGGCCAAACAAGUUAUUAUCGAUUUGAAUAACUUCAAACGGAAUAUAUUUCGAACAAUCAUUUAUUUUUUUAAAUACUAUGCCUAUAUACUACUGAGCAUGGCAAAAUAGUGUUGCGUGAGCUAAUUUAAACUACUUUUUACUACUAUAUAGAUAUUGCAAAUUCAAAAAAUAAUUUCUUUAAGAAUCCUUUUUAUUUAAAAACUUAGCUUCGAACUAAAAAAUAGUGUGGUAAAUCUGUUAGGAUAAUCAAACACUCCAUUUGGGAAUGAGUAGGAUUCCUGAUCGCCGGCGUAUAGCUAAAUUCUGACAUUUAAAACGUGUACGUAGUUUGUGAUUACAAAAAUUUAUAAUUAAAAUAUAGAAAACAUGGCUAUUAUAAUUAUCUCUUGAUUUAUCUUACAAUAAAAAAAUGUGUUUUACUGUUCAGACGAAUUGUUAUGGUAUGUAAUAUCAAAUUUUUCACAAUAGUUAUCUCUUAUGGUCCACUCAUUAUCAAAUAUAAUUUCCAUUUUGUCCAUGAAUAAGUUAACUAAAAUGCUUAAAAAUAUGUAGCAUAUUUAUCUAUAUCAUGAAGGUAUAAUUAAUUUUUGUUAUGACAGCUAAAAUCUUUACUCUAUAACAAAAAUUUAAAAUAGUAUUUAUAAAUGUACAAAUAUAGUACUAUAAAUUUAUAAUUUAAUAUUAUAGCAUUUUCGCUUUCUGCAACCCGUUUUAACCUCUCGCCACCCUUAUUCACCAGAGGUGGCCAUGAUGUUGUUAUUGUAAAAGUACACUUGAGGGGUAGCUUAAGGACUGUGAAUGGCUCUUUUUCUAUGGUGAAUGGGACUUUCCCUACUCCUCUAUACCAUGCUCAUAAGCACACUAACAGUUCGUGCAUACUUAUGUACAUAGCGCAUUGAUCUCCUCAGAGAGUUCUCAAUUACACAAAACCUUCAUAAGCACAUACAUACUUACAAACACACAAGUCAAAGUAUUAGGGUGUACCUAAAUACUAACAUAAGGACGUAAAAGGUGGUAAUAAAGUAAAAGUGCGGAUAUUUUCAAACUUAAAGCUAAAAUAAAAUAAAUAAAUAAUAUUAUUUCGCAAAAAUGGUUAACAACGACACUAAUCAAAAUACACCUGCAGAAGCUAAACGCUCAAAACAGGUUGUUAAAUAUAUUUCACAAAGUGACAGUUUAUUACGAUACUGCACUAGAUUUGCCGCUUCACCGAUUCACGAAAACUCGGGAUCGUUAUUAGAAAUAAAAAGCCAAAAUCUUAAAAAUUUUUGGACUCGCCUCCAAGCGGCUCAUGACGCCAUACUAGAAUCUGACGAUUCAGACUUGCCUCAUAAUUUUAAAUCAUCGGCUUACGAUAUUUAUGAACACUGCUUAGACCAGUACGAAGAAACAAAAGCUAUGAUCUCCGAUCAAUUAAAGCUAAUAAAAGCAAUUGCACCUACUCCACAUCCGAGAGUAGAGCUGCCACAAAUGCAACAAUAUCAAGAGGCAAGUUCAGGCAUCCAACUCGAGUUGCCCGCUUUUACGGAGGUUAUGAAGAAUGGCCGUCCUUCCGGGACAUAUUCACGGCCGUAUACAUAAACCAUCCUCAAUUAUCACAAGCGCAAAAAUUGUAUCACCUCCGAUACAAAACUAAAGGUCAAGCAGGCAUAAUAGUAAAACAGUUCGCUCUUAAGGACGAUAAUUUCAAUUUGGCUUGGGAAGCUCUAAAAGCUAGAUACGAAAAUGAAAGAAUACUGGUCGAUAAACAAGUAACGACACUAUUAAACUUGCCUAAAAUCAAGAAAGAAACAAGUGAAGAAUUUGUAACACUACAAUCCACUGUUUCUAAUUGUUUGUCGGUUCUAUCGACACUAAAUAUUCCCACAGACAGCUGGGACCCAAUUCUGGUAAACAUUUGCACCGCUGCAUUACCAGAAAAGUCGUUACUUCUAUGGGAGCAAUCGCUCUCAUCACGAAAAAAGUGCCCAACGUGGCAACAAAUGAAAGAUUUUCUCACCACCCAAUAUGAAAUUGCGGAAAGGUUAGAAGAAAAAAUAAUCAAGAAAAAGAACAUUAAACACGACCAAAAUAAAAGCUUAAAUAGACCCCAAGCUAGAAGCAAAAACAAAUCAAACAUAAUUUUUAACAAAACACAAACGUUCACAUCCGAACAGGGAAAACAUACGUCAUGCGAACUAUGUAAAAGAGGGCAUAAACUUAAAACUUGCGAGAAAUUUAAAAAACUAAACAUUAACGAAAGAAACAAUUUCGUAAGAACAAAAAAACUUUGUACCAAUUGUUUGUCUCAUGCGCAUGCGCUCAAAGAUUGCGAAAGCAAAUUUAAUUGCGUUUAUUGCCAUAAACGACAUAACUCAAUGCUUCACAUUACAAAUUUUUCCAGCUUAGCUCAAAAUAACGCUAAUGUUAAAAGAGCUGCAGGAUUAGUUACAACAGCUAAUCCCGACUUACAAAAUUCGGAAAAUUGCCAAGAAGCACCAUGCUGCUCAAAGGCUUUAAAAACUCAGACGCUACACAGCGAAAACCAAAGUAGUGUAUUAUUACCCACAGCAGUGGUCUCCAUCGAGCACCGAGGGGAACUGUUUAAACUUAGGGCCUUAAUAGACCAAGGAUCUCAACGAUCUUUUAUAGCGUCAAGGGCACAAAGUAGGCUACAACUGCCAACAAAACUAGCUAAUUUUGAAAUUACGGGAAUGGGCGGAAGAGUAGUACAAAACUCAAACAAAAUCUGCCCCAUUACCCUUAUUUCCCCCCAAGCGGAUAAGCGCAUACAAGCAGAAGCUAUUGUCUUACCGCAACUAACAAACAUGCUUCCAAGCUAUCAUAUAAAUAGCAAGCAUUAGCAAAAGGUUUCACACCUUAAGUUAGCAGACCCCAACUGCAACACUCCCGCUCAAAUAGAUAUUCUAUUAGGCAGCGAUCUCAUACCUCAAAUUAUUCUCGAGGGUGUUGAGAAAAUUACAAAAACACUUCUGGCGCAAAAUACCAUUUUCGGAUGGGUCCUAAGCGGACUGGUUGCGGAACCAGUCACAACAAUGACAACUCAAGUUGAGGAAAUCUCAAACGAAUACCUCAAUACACAACUCAGGAAGUUUUGGGAGUUAGAAGAACUCCCCCCCAUAUCAAUCACAACCCCAGAAGAUCGAUAUUGUGAGGAUUUUUACAAAUCCACAACUACUCGAUUAGAUAAUGGCCGGUACGUCGUACGACUACCACUAAAGCCAGAAUUUCCCCACACACUCGCCUUAGGUCAUUCUCGUACCUCUGCUAUCCAACAGUUUUUAAGUAUGGAAAAAAACCUACUUAAAAAAGGCGAGCUAAAACCAGAAUACGAUAGGGUUUUAGAAGAAUACCUCCAUUUAAAUCACAUGGAAAAAGUCAGCCCUGGCGAAAAAAUUAUAAAGAGUAAAUACAAUUCUUUUUACCUGCCACAUCAUGCAGUAAUAAAGCCAGACAAAAAAACCACAAAGGUAAGAGUUGUCUUUAAUGCAUCAAAAUCAUCAAGUUCGGGGAAUUCCCUAAAUGACAUUUUAUUUACGGGACCCGCGCUUCAGCCAGAUUUAAUGCUCCUCAUACUAAAUUGGCGUAUAUACAAAUAUGUUUUCAAUGGGGAUGUUGAGAAAAUGUAUCGACAAAUAGUCGUACAUGAUGAUGAUCAAGAUUUUCAGCGAAUUAUUUUCCGAAAAUCUCCCAAUAGUCCACUACGCGACUUUAAAUUAAAAACAGUUACCUUUGGCGUAAACUGUGCCCCAUACCUCGCCAUUCGUACACUCCACGAACUGGCAGAAGACACAAAGUCAGAAUUUCCUCUGGCAACACAAGUGUUGAAAACACAAACGUAUGUAGACGACAUUCUGUCCGGAAGCCACAAUCUUCCACAGGCAUACGAGUCACUAGCACAAGUGACAAAAGCGCUCAAUACAGCAGGGUUUCCGUUGAAAAAGAUAACGGCGAACCACCCUAAUAUUUUAAAGGACAUACCUAAAGAAAAUCUAUUAGAUACUAAUUUCCUUAAAUUCGAAAAGGAAAGCACAACAAAAACUUUAGGCAUCCAAUGGAAUGCGAUAUCGGACCAGUUCUCAUACACGACAGAGUCCAUAUCCGCAUUAUCAGCCAUCACAAAAAGACAGAUUCUAUCCUCGGUGGCAAAACUUUUCGACCCCGCAGGAUGGCUUUCGCCAAUUAUGAUCCAAGCGAACGUCUUAAUACAAGAAUUAUGGCUAGAUGGAACCGACUGGGACGAACAAGUGAAACCUCUUCGCUUAGAAAAAUGGUCCCAGUUCGCAAACAAUCUGAAGGACAUUUCUCAGAUUCAAAUUCCACGAUGGGUAAACUACUCCCCCGAACACAAAGUCGAAUUACAUGGCUUUUGUGACGCCUCAGAAAAGGCAUACUGCGCUACUAUCUAUGUGCGCACGCAAAGUGGCACCACGACCACAAGCCACUUAUUAGUAGCAAAAGCAAAGGUGGCACCUUUAAAAACUAUAAGUCUCCCACGACUUGAGUUAUGUGGCGCACUACUACUUUCAAAAUUAGUAGCCAUGGUGCAAAUGCAUUUGAAUAUGACAAAAUGCAAACUCUAUAUGUGGUCCGAUUCCGAAAUUGUACUAGCCUGGUUGGAAAAACCACCACAUGCAUGGAAGACGUAUAUUUCUAACCGAACGUCUCAAAUUCUUGACCUAGUGGGAUCAGCCACUUGGCGUCACGUAGCCAGUGCUGAUAAUCCUGACGAUCUAGGUACAAGAGGGUGCAAGCCACUGCACCUUGCCACUACCACCCUCUGGUGGAAUGGCCCCCGAUGGUUGAUAGAAUCUCCUGAUUCUUGGCCACAAUCCCCCAUGCGCAACAUUAUCGCCCCAGAAGGUCGAAAAAUCGCCACCUUUCACACAUUAUUGGAUGAUGCCGACAUCCUUGAACGAUUUUCCUCGUUUCCAAAAGCGCUCAGAGUAGUCGCUUAUAUGUUCAAAUUCAUAGAACAACUCAAAAGCAAAGUUAAGGGAUCACAUAAUUUCCCAUGCGAUACGUUGACGCACCUAGACCUAGAAAAGGCAAAGGUCGCUCUUAUCACUUAUACUCAGUCGCGCCACUUCAGCUGCGAGAUGUCACUAUUAAGAGAAUCGAAGCCGAUUGACAAAAAGAGCUCACUCUUAGUACUAAAUCCAUUUCUGGAUACGAAAGGUCUGCUUCGUGCUAAUGGUCGGCUUGCUAACUCAAGCCUGACAUAUAACGAACGCCAUCCUCUAAUAAUACCAGAAAAGUCUCGACUUGCAACAUUGCUACUCAAGUAUAUACAUAUACUAAUGUUGCACGCGGAACAUCGCCUAAUGCAAUAUAUAAUCCGCCAAGAGUUUUAUAUUCCCCGACUUAAGCCUCAAAUAAAAAAGUGCAUUUUCAUGUGCAAGAUCUGCACUAUGCAUAAACAGAAGACGAGGACGCAGAUUACGGCAGCACUUCCACCGGAACGCUGCAACUUCGCUCUGCCUUUCACUAUCACAGGUGUUGAUUUUGCUGGGCCUUUUCAGAUAAAGGCAUCCAUGCUAAGGUCUCCUACCCCAAUGAAAGGCUACGUGGCUGUCUUUGUCUGUUUCACGACAAAAGCAGUGCACCUCGAGCUAUGUACUAAUCUGACAAAAGAGGCUUUUCUCGCGGCAUUUGCUCGUUUCGUCGGACGACGCGGUUUUCCGUCCAAACUUAAGAGCGACAAUGGAAAAACCUUUAUCGGAGCUCAAAGAGCCACAGAAAAACAGUUUGUGGACUUUAUUAAACAAGUCUCCCCUGAGAUUGUACAAAAGUACGCCCCCCAAGGCAUUAAUUGGCAAUUCAUCCCCCCAAGAGCUCCUCAUAUGGGUGGUUUAUGGGAAUCAGCUGUAAAAAGCUUCAAAUCCCACUUAAAAAAAGUAGCUGGAAACUACAAAUUUAAUUACGAAGAAUUUACAACACUAUUAAUCCGCAUUGAAGCCGUUCUCAAUUCACGGCCACUAACAACACUCUCGCAAGAUCCCUCAGAUCUCACAGCCCAGGGCACCAGGGCACUUUCUCAAAGGAGCACCCAUUCUGGCCACACCUGAGCCAGGCGUGGAGUCGCUAUCCUUAUUAAAUCCAUGGGAAAGAAUUAAAAUUCUCCAUCAUAAUUUCAGUCGCAGAUGGAAAGAAGACUAUUUAAAGGACCUCCACAAGAGGUAUCG